AUGGCGGAGCAUGUUGAUGCGUGGCACGAUAUGUAUCCUGGGAACCUUUUCAGCAAUGGUCCGGGGCUGUCCGCAGCGCCUCCACCCAAUGCUUCCAGGGAUGAGCGUGACCAGCCUCUGCAUAUGGUCAGCCUAUGGGAGAUUGCGAAGGAGGCACUUAACCCCAAAGAAAUGUCCUCUGCAUACAUUGAGAAAUGUCUCGACGACUCUGUGAUGUCAGUACUAGAAGCCGGCGUGGCUCCGAAGAAAAAGACUGUUCGGUUCGAUGACAAUGCUGCAGGGAAGUCUGCAAAGUGUCCUCCCAGUGUUCCGGCCUCCCAGGUCCCGGCAUCAAUUGUCAAGCCGGCGUCGGAUCUGUCUGUGGUGCUGAAAGGAGGUGUGAAGGCAUCUCUGGCAUCUCCAGGAAGCCGGGCUAUGCAGUACAGCUAUAAGAUGCCAGUGAAAGACAAGGUGAAUGUGCAGGAUAUAUUUGAGCACAUCCAAAAUGAAGUCCACAUCUCGCUAAUGCAUCGGGAACUGAUGGCAUUGUGCCCGAAGAUCUGCAAGCUUGAAAAGGAGGAGAUUACUGCGAAGCGAGUAGUGACGAUGGGAAGCUUCGAGGCUGCGGAUGGCGAGGAGGUUGCAGAGGCUCUCUUAGUGGAUGUGAGCAAUGGCAGCAGACCACUCGUGGUGGCCGAUGAUUCUCUUCCAUUGCGAGCAAUUGACGCCCUGAUUGAAGGCAAGGAAUCGGUGAAAUGUAUCCUUGAGCAAGGCUCACAGAUCAUCACAAUGCGACGGGACAUCUGGAAAUACAUCGGGUCAGUGCUGCAGUCUGAGAAAACACUCAACAUGGAAUCGGCUAACAUGGGUAUCAACCAGAUGCUCAGACACCUCGCUAACAUUCAGUUCGGGUUUGGUGAGAUGGAUCUGUAUCUUCCGGCCCAUGUUCUAAAUGAUGCUCCAUUCGAGGUACUCUUGGGCCGGCCGUUCUUUACCUUGACAGCAUGCAAGACGCUCGAUUUCACCAAUGGCAAACAACACAUUACUCUGCGUGACCCUAACAUGCGUCAAGUAGUCACACUUCCCACUCACGAGCAUCGCCCGAGGCCACGGCCGAUGCCACCUCCAGGAAUGGGUUUUUAA